AUGUCUUCGCCUAUAGUAUUUGUCACUGGUACCGAUACCGACAUCGGUAAAACGUUCACGAGCGCCUUGCUCGUGCAAAAAUGGAAGGCCAAUUACUGGAAACCGGUUCAGACUGGGCUUGAAUCUGACCCAGGUGACACGAAAACUGUAGAAGAAUUCUCCGCGCGUAGAGAGCAUACACCACAUUUAUUUUCUCCAAGAUAUGCCCUGCAAAAGCCGCUAUGUCCACUUGAUGCUAUGCGCUUCGAGCCAGAAUUUGACAUUCAGUUGUCGGAUUUUGUGAUACCGGAAGAGAGACACGAUCAGCCGCUGGUAGUUGAGGGGGCCGGUGGGAUAUAUGUUCCCAUCACCAAAAAACUUGAGAUUACUACGGACCUCAUAAAGAGACUCCAAGAGACUACAGAUCGCGCUAUAAAAAUUGUUGUGGUCGCCAGAAGCGGACUAGGCACUUUGAACCAUACGUUGCUCACGUUAGAGCAUCUAAGCAGGGCCGGUUUGGGAAAUCAUAUAGCUGGGUGCAUCUUGAGUGGGCCAAAAAACGAAGGGAAUGCAAACACCCUUAAGCUAUACGGGGCCAACGUUCUAGCUGAAGUCGGCCAUUGUUACACAGUGGAAGAUAUCGAAGCGGCUAUCGCAGGAAUUCCAGAUCUGGCCACAAUCUUUACAUAG